AUGGAUUCUUCUACUUUCAACAUCACACGAUUGGCCGUCGAGCAGAUCAUCGACUACCCCUUUCGCAACCCACUCCUACUACAAGAAGCCCUCUACGCCGGCGGUCCGAUCCCCUUAGGACACGGCCCAUUCACCAAACCCAUCACAGAAGCCAACAAGCGCCUCGCCCUGAUGGGCGACUCCUUCUUCAAAGCCAUCCUCAACGACAGGUGCGACGAGAUGGGCAUGAGCAGGGCCCUCACGAACGCGGAGCUGCAACGAGCGGCUUCGAACAAACAUCUCGAUGUGGUCGGCAGGAAGUUGGGACUGGACAAGUAUUUGGUGCUGCAGAAUGGGUGUCCGGGUGUGAGCAAGGACUUGAUGGCGACGGGCGUACAGGCGAUUCUGGGCGCGGUGUGGCGAGACUCGGGGAAAGACUUGAAGGCGGUGGAGGGCGUGGCGGAGAGGAUAGGUCUGCUUUGA